UUUAGACAUGUUGUGACUUGUUUCUAAACUCAUCUUUUAUUUCCCUCCUUCCAGCAUGUGGGUCAGUUUUUAGUCUCGUGUUUGUCAUGCUAUUUGUCACAUGUUUGAAUUGGAGGGAUGGUCGUAAAUAAUCGCGUCACAUUUUUUUCUACUGUUCCAUGUUUCAUUUCUCUUUGUUUCAUUCACACUGAUAAUUGGGUGCUAAUUGAAAGACAAAAUAAUAAUUUAUUUACGCGGUAUUUUAUUGAAAAUUAUUUCAACAAAUGGAAUUUAAAAUCAGCAAUAAGAAUUGGGAUUUAUUCAAGCAAAUUCUGUUUUACAUGUGAUAAAAUAUUGAGGUCAUACGGACUUGCAGAAUUGAUAAAGUUGGGACAAAUUCUUUGUAGAAAGUGACCUAAUAAUCUAAUUGGGGCUUGUCAUUUCUCAAAUUUUCAUUCUCAGUAAUGUUAUUUACUGUCUUCCAUAUCCAUAAUCCUUAACCUUGGCUUUUAUCGCUGUAAUCUUGAGCUAGAUGUAAGAUAAUAGACCUGAGAAAUUUGUUGAAAUUGGCUGCAUUCGUCAUACGAAAUAAGGCGAUGUACCACAUUCUGCUCUUUUGUUUUCGAUACCUGAUGUGUCUACUGGUCGUCAUGGAGAUGUGUCGAACACUUUGCUACGGAUGUUUUAUAUCAGUAUUUGAUGCACGGAUGAUAAACGAAACGGUGAGGCUAAUACGGAGGCAGUUACAGAAGGGGGAUUGGAAAUACGCCUUAAGAAAGAGUCGAGAGUUUCGGGUCUUAAUGGAGACAGCCCGUCGUCCACAAAGUCAGGGAACUUUCUUGACAAUGUCCACACUUUCCGUGUUCUCGGUAUUUUUGAACUACACCCUUGUGGAGUCUGUUCAAAGCCAUGUUCCAUGGUUCGUUGUCCUCCUGGCGUUUUAUGUGGCAGCAUCAGUGCAGGCUUUCUUGCUCCUGGGGAUGAGGCUGUGUGUCACAUUUAACGACGAGACAACAGCCCUUAUGGGACAGUUUAAGUGGGUUUUGUCACUUGUGAGGCGUUUCAAGCGGAAAUGGCUUGUUCGGGAGAUAUCUGCCAUGCCGGUCAAAGGACUCCCUCUUGCACUGGGAGAUUUUACAAUGCUUCAUAUCACUAAAGAUGUUACAACAACCGUGUCAAGGAUGAUAUUGGAUCACACGAUAAGGCUCACUUUGUCAUAGGGAUGGGCGUCAUAAUUUAAAAAAAUUAAUUGCAAUAGUUAUGCAGCAUAACUUAUGCUGUCACAUAAAUAUUUGCAUUGCCAUAUGCAUACAUAAGUAUGUACAUACAUAUUAAUUGUUCGAAAAUAGAAAAUAUUUUAUUUUAACUCGUGUAUCUUUUUCUAUAAUUUGUGUAAUCAUGCAAUAUGAAAUAUGUUCGCCGGCCCAAACAAAUAAAUGACCAAACAACCAGGCAAACUCGCAUGGUCAAGUUCAGUUUCUGGUUUCCAUCAAAUGUGUAAAGUAGUUAUAGAUACAUAUAUUUUGAUUGUUUGUAUGUAUAUGUAGUUACCGUUCUACGUUACGUGUGAACCUUAACACUCUAUUAACUACAUAUCUGCACUAUUGUUAACUCUAUGCACUUAUAGGUAUGAUUAACUUAUGUUAGUUUAGUGCUAUGAUUGAGGUAAGAAUAAUAUUCGUCGUCAUUUUGCUUCUUGCACAACAUCUCGCAAAGUAGCAACUUCCUUACUGCCACAUCUUGUUUUUGUGGCGAAUACCUACUUUUUUUCAUUAUUUGAAUGUAUGUAUUGCCCAACCGAAAUAAAGAGUAAAAGUGCACGCACAAUACACACA